GCCCACCGCUGCCUUCCUCCGCUGGCGCCCGCCGCCGCUCAGGCCUGGGAGAGGACCGCAGGCGGGCGAAGCUGUUCUGGGCCCCCGCGCGCGCUGCUGGGCCGCGCACCUUCCUCCUCACAUCCGCUCUCGGACAUGGUGGCCCCCGGCUCCGUGACCAGCCGGCUGGGUACGGUGUUCCCCUUCCUGCUGGUCCUGGUGGACCUGCAGUACGAAGGUGCUGAAUGUGGAGUAAAUGCAGAUGUCGAGAAACAUCUUGAAUUGGGCAAGAAAUUGCUUGCAGCUGGACAGCUAGCUGACGCUUUGUCUCAGUUUCAUGCUGCAGUAGAUGGUGACCCUGAUAACUAUAUUGCAUACUAUCGGAGAGCUACUGUCUUUUUAGCUAUGGGAAAAUCAAAAGCAGCACUUCCUGAUUUAACUAAAGUGAUUGAACUGAAGAUGGAUUUCACGGCAGCAAGGUUACAGAGGGGCCACUUGCUGCUCAAACAGGGAAAACUGGACGAAGCAGAGGAUGACUUUAAAAAAGUGCUCAAAUCUAAUCCAAGUGAAAAUGAAGAAAAGGAAGCCCAAUCUCAGCUUCUAAAGUCUGAUGAAAUGCAGCGUUUGCGUUCACAAGCAUUCGAUGCUUUUCAGAGUGCAGAUUAUACUGCUGCUAUAGCCUUCCUUGAUAAGAUUUUAGAGGUUUGUGUUUGGGAUGCAGAACUACGGGAACUUCGAGCUGAAUGUUUUAUAAAAGAAGGGGAACCUCGGAAAGCUAUAAGUGACCUAAAAGCUGCAGCAAAAUUGAAGAACGAUAAUACUGAGGCAUUUUAUAGAAUCAGCACAUUGUAUUACCAGCUGGGAGACCAUGAGCUGUCCCUCAGUGAAGUUCGUGAAUGUCUUAAACUUGAUCAGGAUCACAAAAGAUGUUUUGCACACUACAAACAAGUGAAGAAACUUAAUAAGCUGAUUGAGUCAGCCGAAGAGCUCAUCAGAGAUGGCAGAUACACAGAUGCCUCGAGCAAGUAUGAGUCUGUCAUGAAAACAGAGCCCAACAUUGCUGAAUACACAAUUCGUUCAAAAGAAAGGAUUUGUCACUGCUUUUCUAAGGAUGAGAAGCCUGUUGAAGCUAUUAGAGUGUGUUCUGAAGUGUUACAGAUGGAACCUGACAAUGUAAAUGCUCUGAAAGAUCGAGCAGAGGCCUAUUUAAUAGAAGAGAUGUAUGAUGAAGCUAUUCAGGAUUAUGAAGCUGCUCAGGAACACAAUGAAAAUGAUCAGCAGAUUCGAGAAGGUCUAGAGAAAGCACAGAGACUACUGAAGCAGUCACAGAAACGGGAUUAUUAUAAAAUCUUAGGAGUAAAAAGAAAUGCCAAAAAGCAAGAAAUUAUUAAAGCAUACCGAAAGUUAGCGCUGCAGUGGCACCCAGAUAACUUUCAGAAUGAAGAAGAAAAGAAGAAAGCUGAGAAAAAAUUCAUUGACAUAGCAGCUGCUAAAGAAGUCCUCUCAGAUCCAGAAAUGAGGAAGAAGUUUGAUGAUGGAGAAGAUCCUCUGGAUGCGGAAAGCCAGCAAGGAGGAGGAGGUGGCAACCCUUUUCACAGAAGCUGGAACUCAUGGCAAGGGUUCAAUCCUUUCAGUUCAGGAGGACCAUUUAGAUUUAAAUUCCACUUCAAUUAAACCAACUGUUUUUCUGCUCUUCUUCCUUAAUUUUUUAAAGAUUAAAAACAAAACCUUGUACUGGGAUCUCAAUGAAAACAAAUUUCAAAUCUUUGUCCAUGACCAAAGAGUUGUUUUAAUGGGAAAAGUCCACUUUAGACCAAGUUUAAUGGCUUUGCGACAGCAGGGAGGUGAGGGGUAGUCCUGCUGGCAGAGCAGCCCACGCACAUUUCAUCAGUGUCUGGAGGUGCCUGGAAGCGACGCGCCUGGGGAAGUGCUCAAGGAUGCACCUGCGCAGAGGUUCUUCUUCCCAGCCUGGCGUAAUGCCUGCAUGGAGGAGCUGUCGUCUUUACAAGAACAGGCUGUGUCACAGUAUUCUUCAGGAGAAUAUGUACUUUCUUAGGGACAACUGGGCUUCGGUUUGGGUGUGCCUGGCCACUUGUAAGUGUUAAGUUAUUGCACCGCCUUUACCACACAAGCCUCUGCACCAGCAUCAGCGUGACUGUCAGUGAGGAGGGGCAGAGUCCUUGUUUUAGGAAACUUGCUACCGGUGCCAGUUACCAUGUCCAGGUGUAGGCCGAGGAGCAAUGCUAAGCAAAUUCUGGGGGGUGGUUGGUACCUAGAGAAGAAUACCAGCUUAACAAAUUCUCUUGCAAAACUAUGGGCCCUUUUGUUUACUACUCAAUGAACAGAAGAAGUUAACUAAAAGUAAUAAGUAAAACAGGUUCAGAUAGUAUAGCUGUGGUAUUAUUUAAGUAAUAUUGCUGAAGUUCAGUUUGAAGUACUUUUUAAGCAACCCAAGUUCUGAGUUGUGUUGUAUAGGAUGUCCCGUAACAAAACUGGGUUAGAAAUUUCAAGUUGCUCAGUGAACAGAGACACACAGUGCUGAGAUCCUUGCAUUCAGGCAGUACAGUAGGGCAGCUUCUCUGUGGCUCUUCCCUGGGCUGUAGCAGCUUCCCCUGGGAGCUGUCCCUAGUGCACAGGGCAGAGCCGCCCUCAGCCAGCCUGGAGGCUGAGAGGCGGGUUCCCGCCCAAGAGGAAGGACAGACUUGAGCACCGGGCAGCUCUGGCUGUGUGUCAUUUCCUCCGAGAUACCUUUCUGUUUCUUGUGAAGAAGUAACUCUCUAGAAAACGCACUGUUCAGUCUUUGCAUCUUGGAUGAUUCUGCCCUAAAAAAAGUGUUAUUAAAUCAAGUUUUUGAGUACUUAUGGAACUACUGAUGCUGCAUUUAAAAUCUAUGAUAAUUACUUUGGAUAAAACUAUUACCUUUAUUCUAGAAAGGUUUUUAUUUUUGCGUUGAAGCUUUUUGAAACAUUUUAAGCAUUAAAAGAUCUAAUGUAUUGGUUUUAUGAAAUCAAAGAUUUCAAUUCACCGAGGCAUACUGCCCAUGAAAGGCUACAGAAGCCAAGCAUAUAUUGUUUUCUUCUGUAGCUAUACCCUUAAAUAUUUGCAGAAAAAAAUUUUAACUGAUGGACACAAUCGUAUAAUUCAGCAAAGCACUUAAGUGCUUUUUGCUUCUAUGUAGGAAUCUUUCUUACCAAUAAACUUAACAGUGCAUUUUGAAAACUAGUGGCUGAGCUUGCAGUUUGUUUUAGUGGCUCAAAUUGCAAGUAAAUUCAUCUUCGUUCUUCAAUGUUAGUAUCUCAUUACCUCACUAAGUAUGUUAGCAAUGUAUAUUCAGAAUCUGGUUCUUUCUGCACAUGUCCCUGUGAACCUCUUUGAAAUACAGUAAUGGCCUCUACAUGCAUUUAAAAGUAAAUUUCUAUAUAUGAGAACAAAGCAAACUGGAUACUCACCCUUACCUUAGGGAGGAGCAGAGAAGGGUCUGGGCUGGUGAGGGCCAGGCCAUAGGGGAGGGCUCCUAGGCCUUGGCGGUUCCCAACUUGCUGCCCAGGCAGUUUUUGCAUUGGUAUUUUUUCACUUGUAACAAAAUUACUGUGGAUUUAUGAAAAUGUGCAGAGAGCCACUGCGUGGCUUCAUGUACACAGGCCUGUUUCAGUGAGAAGAAGUUGCUUUGGUGCCAAGUGCCAACAGCACGGAGAGGAAGGACGUCUCUGGCCAUUGCUGUGCUGAUGAAUGAGUAGUGGUCUUAAGUUCCAGCCUGGAGGGCCACUGGUAGUCUGCUGCUGCCCACCACAAGGGAGGAUGGUUCCUCUGUGCUUCCCUUAAACAGUACUGAGAAAAACUAUGAAUGUGUGAAGGGAUAGAACCAUCAUUCCCCCCACCUACCUGACAUAUGCAAUGUAAAAAUACAUUACCAGGAAAGCAUUUUACGUUGUUGUUGUUUUUUUUUUUUUUUAGUCUACCUUUCACAUGCCAGUCCACUUUGGGGAUUGCAGGUGAAGGUAACCUUUGUGGCUCUUCUGAGAAAAAUUAGAGCAGGAGAGUUGGCCUAGCCUUAGCUGUGUUCCACUCCGUUCCUAAGCACUGUGGGGGUGGGGGUGUCUGGGGUGGCGAGUGUCACAGGUGUUGCCAGGGCAGGAAGUGUUAAACACAUCAGUUGGUUGUUUUGUAUUUUAGGGAAGGGUCUAUAGGGUGUUCAGGGUCUCACUACUAGAUUGGACUCAGUGAUCCUCCUGUUUACAGCCUCCCAAGAGCUGGGAAAACAUGUCAGUUUUAAGCCUUAUACAGAAGGUCCUAAUUCAAUCCUCCGUUCUAAAAGCUUGUGCUUUCUUACUAUGAAUAAAUAGAUAAAAACUGGAAAAUAACAAUUAAGUAGCAGUUGGAACUAAUGCGUUAAUUUAAAAUGUUUUUAGUGUAUCAGUAUGAAAACAAAUUGGAGUUCUGAUAGUAGGAUCUAAAACCUACACAUGAUUUUAAAAAAAAUGAUAUAACCAUGUUUUAAGAAGGCCAACAGGGUCACAAUUUAAAAUGGGGCCCAUUUUUUGUUUCUGGCAGGAAGUGAAAACUUUCAGGUUUAAAGGCAUGAGGUUGUACUUGGGUGUUUACCAUGAAGAAAGUUUGUAAGAGGUAGAAGUUAAAAAAAUGGCUCUUCAGUCAGGCCUCUUGGAGCCGACAGACACAUGGAAGUGGGGCUGGGCCUUGUAAAAUGUUCCAUGCAUACACAUCAGGGUAACCUAGGCAGAUGAACGCAACCUUACUGAAUAUGGUUGACUUUUCCAUGUUUAUAAAGGAAGAAGACAAAUGCUAAUUUAUCAACUAAUAUCUUCACUGUGGGUCAGAUCAUUCCUUUUCUGUUAAUGGCAGGAUUCUGUAAUUUUAAAUGUUAUGAAGAGGUGGGAAUAAUUUUUUCAGAUCUCUGUUGAAUGAUUUAAGCAUAAAAUUAGCCACUGCGUGGCUUCGUGUACAUUCAUCUGUGGAUGAAACAUUUACCUGCAGAAGAAAGCAGAGCAGAGAGGAGGUGAAAACCGAAGAUGGUUGAGAAGUUGAAUUAUUCCUCUUACCCUGAGGUUUGUUUUGAAUGAGAAAAGACUUAGUCCAUCUCAAUUUAGUGUUGUAAUAAAGGAAUCUAAAAUUUGAAUUAGGUCUCAGACAUGUCUACAAAUAUGGGUACUAUUUUUUAAUGCCCGUGUAUUUUCACAUUUAAUAAAAAUAUUUAUGGUCAUAUCA